CUUGCAAGUAGGUACCUACUUCGCAGCCAGGCGCUGGCAGGUCCCUGGCGGCACUACAUAACUGAGCUCUACGGCUCACCCGAUCGCACCCAUUCCAUUCCUCGGAACUUCUCCCCUUUAACCUAUCUCUUUAGUCUGGGGAGUGUGUGUCCCUCGUAGCAUUUCUACCUAUUUCUCUUUCCCUCCCUCCCCCCUUUUCCGUGCAAAGACAGGAUCAGAAACGCCAUCGCGUGCGUGGUAUGAUGGUACUAGAGUCACGGUGCUUCCCACAGACUUCUUACGUCGAUUCCACCGUCCCGCUCGCCCAGCGGAGUUCCCUGUCGGGCUCUCAGUAUGGCGGCAGCACACGACAAGCCCGAGCCCGCCCCCGCUCCCCCCUCUCGUGAGGGCGGCAAGGGGGAGAAGAACGAGGUCGCCUCGAGCGUCGACAUGCACGAGACCUUGGUCGAGGCCUCGACAAAGAACCAGCUCCACCGCCACCUCGGCAAUCGCCAGAUCCAGCUGAUCGCCAUCGGUGGCAGCAUCGGCACCGCCCUGUUUGUCAGUAUCGGCGGCGGUCUGGCCAGGGGCGGCCCCGGGAACCUCCUCCUCGGCUACACCAUCUACGCCGUCAUGGUCGGCCUCGUCAACAACUGCAUGGCCGAGAUGGUCACCUACAUGCCCGUUUCCGGCUCCUUCAUCCGCAUGGCUGGCCGCUGGGUCGACGAGGCGCUUGGUUUCAUGGCCGGGUGGAAUUUCUUCCUCUACGAGGCCUGCCUUAUCCCCUUUGAGAUCUCCGCCAUCAACCUGGUGCUUGGCUUCUGGCGGGACGACAUCCCCCCGAUAGCCAUCUGCUUCGCCUGCAUCAUCCUCUACGCUCUCAUCAAUAUUGUGGCCGUCCAGUAUUUCGGUGAGGCCGAGUUUUGGCUGGCAAGUGGGAAAAUCAUACUUAUUUGUAUCCUAUACAUGUUCACCCUGGUCACGAUGUGUGGAGGCAAUCCUCAGCAUGACGCCUACGGAUUCCGGUACUGGUCGAGUCCAGGAUCUUUCGCCGAGUACCUCCAUGAGGGCGCUCUGGGUCGGUUCGAAGGGUUCCUCGCCGCCAUCUAUUCCGCUGGUUUCACUGUCGUCGGCCCCGAGUAUCUUGCCAUGGUCGCCGGAGAGGCCGAACAUCCGCGCAAGUACCUCAAGGACGGUUUCAAGACGGUAUACUGGCGCUUCGCCGUCUUCUUCAUCGGCGGCGCGCUCUGCGUCGGCAUCGUCCUGCCGUACGAUGAUAUGACGCUGCGGAAUGCCGACACGGGCACUGCCAACGGCUCGCCCUACGUUAUCGCGAUGCAGAACCUCGGUGUCGGUGUGCUCCCGCACAUUGUCAACGCCCUUAUGAUUACAAGUAUUUUUAGCGCUGGUAACGCUUACACCUAUUGCGCGAUGCGGUCUCUGUACGGCCUCGCGUGUGACGGGCAAGCGCCGCGGAUCUUCCAGAAGACGCUCAAGAACGGCAUCCCCGUGUAUGCCUUCUGUCUCGUCAUGGUGUUCCCCUUCCUGUCGUUCCUGCAAGUGUCGAACAACACGGCGCAAGUCGUGACGUGGCUCGCCACCCUCACCCAGGGCUCGCAGAUGAUCAACUACAUCGUCGUGAGCCUGACGUACAUCUUCUUUUACAACGCCACGCAAGCGCAGGGAAUUGACCGCCGCACGUUGCCGUACUAUGGCUACUUGCAGCCUUACUGCGGCUACAUCGCCAUGGUGUGGAUGAUCCUCAUUGAGGCUACGUUUGGCUACUCGGUCUUCCUGCCGGGCAACUGGAAUGUCGGUAACUUUUUCGCCUUCUACACCAUGGCGCUGGUUGCCUUCUGCACCUACUGGGGCUGGAAACUCUUCCGACGCACCCAGUUCGUGCCGGCGGCCCAGGCUGACCUGGUUUGGGAGAAACCAGCGAUCGACGCCUACGAGGCGGGGCUCAUUGACCAGCCCACUCGGCUCCGCGACGAUCUUUUGGCUAUGAUAAGAGGGAAGAAAAAGCAGCAGAAUUACCUGGGCGAGGACCCAAACUGAGUGCUGAGUGCUGAUUGAUGACAUUGGCAUUCAGACGACUUAUACCUCGCUGUGCUAAGUCGUACCGCAUCUUUAAUAAUAUUGAUGUCGAUUCAAGCAGCCCGGUGUGUGUUUUUUUUUUUUUUUUGGUUUAUC